GAACCACUGAGGCUUCACUUGCCCAGCUGACCACAGGGCUCCUCCAGCCCCCGAUGGGCUCCUCCGCAAGCACUGCCGGGCUGCCGGCGGCGCCCCGGGGGCUCUGCCACCGCCGAGGGCGGCCCCGGGGCCAGGAGGCCGCUCUCACGCUGCCUCCGCCCGAAAGGACACCCGGUCCCGGUCUGCGGCGGGCGUCAGAGCGGGUGUGGUCCCACCACCCCGGUGAAGCCACACCGCCUACCACCUCCCCGCCGCCAAGAUGUCGCCCACCGGAAGAUGGCAGAAGUGACGCCAGAAACCGGCGACGGCAUCCUGUUCCCGGCGGGCUCGGCGGCGGCGGCCCGAGGCGGCCCUGCCGGUGGUGGGGGCAACCGUUCCCCUGGCAACGCCGCUUCUUCUUCCGCCGCCGCCGCCGCUCAUGGCGGAGCCCUCAAGGCGCCCGGCGGAGGGCGCCUGCCGCCGUCGCGGCCGCCCGCCGGGGGAGGAGCGGAGGGAGGUCGCCGGCUCCGGGCGCUGCCGGACGCGACAGCGGCUGAAGGCAGGCGCGGCCCCGGCCCGCGCGGGAAGCCAAGGCCCGGCAGCGAACAUGACAUCAGCAGAUAAGGGGUUUUCUGAAGAUAGCAACUUUUCGCCAAAAGCCAGCACCAGCAAGCUGCCAACAGAUGCGUCUCCUGACUCUAAGUGCCCCAUCUGCUUGGAUAGAUUCGACAAUGUUGCAUAUCUAGAUCGCUGCUUGCAUAGGUUCUGCUUCCGCUGUGUCCAGGAGUGGUCAAAAAACAAAGCAGAAUGCCCUCUCUGCAAGCAACCCUUUCUUUCCAUUUUCCAUACGAUUCGUGCUGAAGAUGACUUCAAGGAGUACAUACUCAGCCCUUCAGAAAAUAGCUCUUUUGCCAGCCCUGAUGGUCGGAGAUUUCGUUACCGUACCACCUUAACAGGGGAACGUCGUGCUGGCCGUUCCCCUUCCCGAAGGACGCUGUUCCCUCCAGAUAAUGGGAUAUUGUUUGAAGGGUUGUCAAGCGAACCAGUGCGGCAGAGAGACGGGGAGAUUCAGCAGAUGAUAAGGAGGCUGGCCUCAAGGAGGCAGGCUAGUGCAGAGGGCAGAUCUCUGCGGCAGAUUCAGGAGGAGGACAUGAUCAAUUUCCGCAGAGCUCUGUACCGCACUGGUGUGCGUAUUCGUAGUAUUCAGGAUGGUGGCCGCUAUCGAGACAUUUCAGCAGAGUUUUUCCGCCGCAACCCUGCUUGCCUUCACAGAUUGGUUCCUUGGUUGAAGCGAGAGCUUACAGUCCUGUUUGGUGCCCAUGGAUCUUUGGUUAAUAUUGUACAGCACAUUAUCAUGAGUAAUGUAACUAGGUAUGAUCUAGAAAGUCAGGCCUUUGCUGAUGAUUUAAAGCCAUUUUUACUGAAUCGGACUGAGCACUUCUUACAUGAAUUCAUCAGCUUUGCCCGUUGUCCUUUUAACUUAGAAGCAUAUGAUCAACACGCCAAUUAUGACUGCCCUGCGCCAUCGUAUGAUGAAGGAAGCCACUCAGACUCAUCAAUUAUUACAAUAUCUCCAGACACGACAUGUUCUCAAGGGCCGGAUAACAGUUUGUCUGCAACUGGUCUUGGUCAGGCCCCCUGGGAUGAUGAAACUCCAGGGCCUUCCUAUUCCAUUUCAGAAGAGGUUCGUGCAACCAUAGCUUCUCCUCUGGAGACGUCGGAAAGUUCUGAUGAGGACUCUGCUGCAAAGAGUCAAAGAACCAAACUGCAAACUCAGUUACAGGCUAAUGCCGACUCAAACGACAGUGACUCUUCCUCAGACAAUUGUGUUAUUGUUGGGUAUGUUAAGCCAUUAGCCGAGAGGACACCAGAAGUGGUUGAGCUGUCCUCAGACUCUGAGAAGUCCAUCAGGGAAGAGAAAAGAGAAGAUGUGAAAAACCAGCAGCCAAUCCAGUGUCGCAGUUGGAGUGAUAGUGAGCCAAGCAGGAGUUUCUCGCCACAUUCCCCCACAUAUAAGGAGGACGUAGGUAGUUGUAGAAGCUGCUUAUCUCCUGCAGCUGAGAAGGCAGAGUCAAAAAAGGGUGAAAAGAACAAAUGUAAGGUAAAAGAUCUGUCUCCACAGGCCUUGAGCUGGAGCCCCUCUCCAGGGAGUGACACAGUAUGCUCCCCUUGGAAUCACAGGUUCUCUAGAAAGGGAAAGUCCAGGAGCCCACGGUCCUGUUCACGGAACAGUCGAGGCAGCCAUGGUCAUCGGUCUAGAAGGGAGCAUCGUAGCAAAAGCCAACUUAAAAGGAGACGAUCGAGAAGCAGAGAUAGUAGCAAACACAGGAGCAAAAGAAGCAGCAGGAGAUCGAGGGCUCGUGACAGCAGAGGCUCUCUGAAAAGCCAGAGAGGCUCUCUAAGUCAUGAGAGCACUCCAUCUAGAGAAGUAAGCCGAUCACGAUCACGCAGCAAAGGCCAUGGCAAAAGGAGAUCAAGGAGUAGAGACAGUGAUCGUUAUUAUGUAAGAGACAGUUAUCAGAGUAGAUACCAGUGGGGUUAUGCUUUGUGUAGUCGAAAGGCAUUCGGAGAUGGCUAUGAAUCCUCCAGCAGGAGGAGGACUCCAUCUGAUGCUUUCUACUCAAGGCAGUCUCCUAGUCCAGAAUGCAGGAUACGAUCAUUUAUUGAAAGGACAGAUUCACAUAGCCAGAGGGGAGUCCGUGAGAGACACUAUUACUGUUAUGAAAGAUGCAGGUCAAGGAGUCGAUCAAGCAAUAGGUCAAGGACCCCUUCUGGAGGAACUGACAGAAUGAAAAGUGAAAAGCCUAGUGGAAAAAGGAAGUACAAAACUCGACACUUGGAGAAUGCAUUCAUGGAGAGCACAAGUCUGGAAAGAGAAAAUGACCCCAAGAAAACUUUCUCAAAAUUCAGUGACAGCUACAAAAAUGAGGAUAGCCUCUCAGACAAUCGAGCAAGCAGCGAGACAAAGCGUAAGAAAAAGAAAAAAAGGAUGAGGAGUCCAAGUGUGGAGAUAGUCUAUGAAGGAAAAGUGACAGACACAACAAGACAUCUUAAAAAGAAAAAGAAAAAACAUAAGAAGAAACACCGGAAACAUCACAUGAGUAACUCAGCACAUUCUUCUCCAGUGGUGAUUACAAUUGAUAGUGAUAGUAGCAAGGAGCCAGAAAGUAAUGAGUGCGACAGCAGUAUUACUUGGACAGGCACAACUCAGAUAAAUGAGAGGGAAAAUGAAUCUCCAUCUUCUUUACUGGGAAGGACAGGAUGUGAACAUCUUUACAGAGUUGGUGAGGAGACUGGAGGAGCAGCCAGGAAGUACAGUGUUACUACCAGACAGGGAGACUUAGACGGUGACAUUAGAAAUGCUGAUGUCAAACUUCGAGAAACAGCAAUUGAGCAGAGUCUUAUAGCGGAUACCAGCAGUAACACAGAAACUGUAACCAGCUACGUUCAAGAAGCACCAGCAGCGCCUUCCAGUCAACUGCCUUCCCCCAGGAUUUCCUUCCUAGAGUGUCCAGAGAGACAACCACUGAUACUAAGACUGCCAAAGAGACUUGUCAACAGAUCCUCUUGGUUUGAUUUCCCAGAAGAAAAAAUGUAGCAGACUUUCCACAGAGCACUUCUUAAAAUUGUGAAUUUGUUCUAACUACCUUUUUCCCCUUGAGAACAAAAACACCGGAUGUGAUUUGUGUAUGUUAACAGAUGUCUGGGAAGUGUGUAAAACCUUUGAAUGUGUCUGCACUUUUAAGUCAAAGAAUAUUGCUAGUACAUAAGUCUUAAAGUUUCUCAAAAGACUGUUUGGAAGCUGUAAUUUCAUAAAGCCAUCCUGUAUUCUUGUAGUAUGUAAAAUAUAUCCACAGAGUAUUUCAAAGUUUUGUUUAAAACAAAUAGCAAAAAAGGACCCCAAACCAAAAGCCAGAAAAUGCAUUUUAUGGGGAUUGCUCUUCAAGACAAAGGAUAAAUGGCUUGGUUUGUAAGAAAUUAUGCAGGCUGAAUUCUACCAUCAUUCAAAUCUAUUUGAUUUGAGCUGAUCUCUGCUGAAAAGUAAUUAGUGAUUUCUAUAUAGAUCUUCAAGGGGACUUCCAGCAACAUAAAAGUAAGCUAUGUCAAAAUCUGAAUAAAGCAAUAAGACUUUUUUAAAAUAAAUUUAAAUGUGUGGACUGUGUGCUUUACAAAUGGAACAUUUAUCUUUUGUUUUGGGGUGUAUUACGUGUACAGACCAUUAGAUGUUCAUGCUGUCAGGGGUACUCCAGGUUGGAAGGGACCAGUGGAGGUUGUCAGGUCCCAGCCUUCACUGAAAGCAGGAACAACUUUGAUCAGAUUGCUUGGGAUUUGUUCAGUUUUGAAUAUUCCCAAAGCUGGAUGGCCUCUCUGUGAUACCUAUUCUAAUGUUUGAGUAUUCCAUGGGAAAUAUUUUUUUUUCUAAAUUUCUUCUAUUUUCCUUAUUGCAGUCUCUGUGUCUUCUA